AUGCUUCCUCGAUCCGCCGCCCUGUCCCGAGCGUCCAUGGCUUUAGGUUCAUCCAUCUCACGUAGAACCAUCCUUGCGUCCAGAACAUUUCUCAGAUCUACCCCUAUUGUCACUUCUCGAAUAGAUCGAUCAUUGAGCUUACAAGCUGUUCUCGCUUCUCGAGGAUAUUCAGCUGCUGCUCAACCUAAAAAUGAAGAUGAUUUCUUUGUUGCUGAUGAUGCCUCACCUUCUCCACCUUCCACUUCCGUUUCUGCUUCGACAUCUUCUUCUGCUCGUUCAUCCAAUCCAUCGACAACAGCUUCAACGGAAGAUGAUGGAUUUUUCGCUUCUUCGUUAACUGAAGCUUCCUCAACCUCAAACUCAACGCCAUCCUCUUCACCUUCUUCAGAAUCAUCAAAGACUGGUCCAGCAGUAGAAAUAGUACCUUUUGAAACGUUAAAAGGCAAAAUAAAUCAUGAUACACUAAAAGCAUUGACAUUUAAACCUUUCCAAUUAAAAGCAAUGUCGGAAGUUCAGAAACGUGUUCUGGGUCUGAUGCCUGCUUUAGGAGGUGGUAAAUUGAGAGGUCCAGCAAGAGAAGAUGAUCAAGCGGAAUCUGAAGAUGAAGGUAUACAACCUAAUAUCGGGAAAGAAAGAGAAGAUUUAUUGGUAAAAGCUAAAACCGGUACUGGUAAAACUAUCGCUUUCCUCGUACCUGCAAUCGAUGCACGAAUCAACAAAAUCAAUGAACUUGUCAAAACUCCUUAUCCAGAUGGAUCAUUACCUGAUCGAGCGGCUCAAGGAAGAAAUGAACGUGCCAUCACUCGAUCUCACGUUGGUACAUUGGUCAUUUCACCUACAAGAGAAUUAGCAACCCAAAUCGCCAACGAAGCAUUGAAACUCUGUACUUGGCACAAAGAAAUGCAAGUUCGUCUGCUUGUAGGUGGUGAAUCAAGACAUCGACAAUUGAAAGAUUGGAAAAGAGGAAGAAAAGAUAUUGUAGUAGCUACUCCUGGUCGAUUAAAGGAUUUGUUAACAGAAGAUGAAGUCAAGUCAGCCAUGGAAUUCACAGAUACAUUGAUUCUUGAUGAAGCCGAUACUUUAUUAGAUAUGGGUUUCUCACAAGACUUAAAUCACAUUAUCUCACAUUUACCUAAAGAACGUCAAACUUUCCUUUUCUCAGCCACGGUAUCAAAAGAAAUCGCAGCUAUCGCCCGAAAAUCGCUCAAACAAGGUCAUAAAGUCAUCGACUGUGUUCCCAAAAACGAAUCAAACGUUCAUCUACAUAUUCCUCAGCAUUUCACAGUUGUUCCUUCCGCUGCCGACCAAAUCCCACAUAUCCUCCGACUCAUCGCUCACGAUCAACUCCUCAACCCCAACAGUAAAAUCAUCAUAUUCUUGAACACAACGAAACAUACAAUGCUUACAGCCACCCUUGUUCGAGAACUCAAGUUUUCUUUACCUAAGGAUCUGAGUGUAUACGAGAUCCACUCCCGAUUGGAUCAAAACCAACGAUCUCGAGCAUCGGAACGAUUUAGACGUGACUCCAAACCUAGUAUCUUGGUCACCUCAGACGUCUCAGCUAGAGGAGUAGAUUACCCAGGUGUAACAAGAGUCAUCCAAGUCGGUAUGCCCGCAAGUGCGGAACAAUACAUCCACAGAGUUGGACGAACUGGAAGAGGGGGCAAAGAAGGUGGUAGAGGUGAUUUGGUUUUGUUACCUUUCGAAGCAGGCUUUAUCCAACAAUUGAACAAAAUUCCAAUCAAAUCUGUACCGACAAGAGAUCUAUCCGCAGAAGUACAUGGCCUCGCAACUGAACAAGAUGAAUCAUACGCUACCAAAUUGAAUGGAUUGAAUGACGCUAUAACGAAUUUAAUGCCUUCAUUAGAUUCAGAAGCAAUCGAAGAAGUUUUCACAUCGAUGAUAGGUUUCUAUAUGGGUAAAUCAGAUCAAUUAAGAUGCGAUCCUCAAGACGUAUUACAAGGAUUGAAAGAUUGGUCGGUCGAAGCUGCAGGUUUACCUGAACCACCUUAUCUUUCACCUGGUUUCUUACAGAAACUCGGUUUAGGAGGUGGAGGUGGUAACAGGAGAUCAGGUUUCGGAGGACGAGGCGGUGGUGGUGGACGUGGAGGAUUCGGUGGAAGAUCAGGUGGCGGUGGUGGAUUUGGUAGAAGUUCAGGUUCAAGUGGAGGUGGAGGUAGUGGAGGAUUCGGCGGUGGAUCAAGAGGUGGAUAUGAGGGCAGAGGUGAACCAAGAGCCAGAAGCGGUGAUUCGUUCGGUAGUAGUGGAGGCGGUGGCGGUUUCGGUGGAGAUAGAUCAAGUAGUGGUGGAUAUGGUGGAAGGAGCGGUGGAUUCGGAGGAGGUGAUCGAGGUGGAUUCGGAGGAAGAGGUGGUAGUAGUGGUGGAAGCAGAGGCGGGUUCGGUGGAAGAAGUGAUCGUGGAGAUCGUGGUGGAUACAGCAGAGAAAGGGACUAA